GUUUUUUACGUUUACGUCGCCGUGGCCCGGAGUUACUACAAAUCACAGAAAGAAGUGCGGCAUACAGUCAAUAGGAAUGCGCCAGCGGGCUAGCGCGUUGCAUGCCGGGAAACAGAGGAAGCUUUCUUUCCCCAACGUUCACAGCUGCGCGAGGCGAGGGUUGCCCCGCCCACCUACCCGUUGGGGAGGGGAGCCUGUUUCCCCCCCCCCAACGCCGGGUACGUUGUUCAUCCCGCUGUUCAUCUAAGCGGGACCUUGAAGAGAAAAGACGGGGGUGGGGGGAAGAACCGUUUUUGGUUGCCAGGCAACAAGCAUUCUCGGAAGAGGCGUCGGAAGUUCAGUCUGCGCCCCAUCCUGAUGACUGUAGACGCAUCCCAUUCCCUUUAACUCUUCCCAUCCCGCCUUAGGAGCAGCCGUGGAGACUUUGCUGGGCGGCGGAGAGAACGAGAGCGCCCGCGCCACUGGAAGAAACAGGGGACGUUUUCCCCUCACGGGCUUUCCAAUGCAGGCAUCCCCAGAGCCGGCGGGGACCGCGGAAAGAGCCGCGGCGUACAGCCCCAGAUCCCCCUGGAGCGGGUUGCCACGCCCAUUGAGCCCCCGGGGGGAGGCUGGAGGAGAGGCGGACUUGGAGGAGUCUCUGGAGCGUUAUCACCAAAGCUUACGAGAUCGUGCUAGUAAAAGCCUCAAUCAACUGAAGCAUGCCUUGGAUGAAAAUGAUCUGGCAACAGGGGAAAAUCCAGCUAUAUUUGAGCAGUUAUUUCCUAAUACUAGCCAUGAAGAACAUGAAGAUAGAGCUUGGAAGGAGCUACAAUACAGUCAUGCAGUAAAUCAACUUAGAGCUCUAUUAAGACAGCAACAAGAAAAAGAGAGUGAAACAUCCCCUUCAAGAAGGAUGACAGCAUCACCCACAAGAAUGUCCAAGAGUACAGAUCAGAAUUUUCCUACACUUUGUGAUCUUGCUCCCAUCAUUAAUGAUCAGUCUCAAUAUAUUAACCAUUUAGAAGCUGAAGUCAAGUUUUGCAAGGAGGAAAUGUCUGAACUGAAAACUCAUAUACACGUGGUUGUACUUGAAAAUGAGAAGCUCCGUGAUGAUCUGAAAAGGCUAGCAAUGGACCAUACUCUGAGAGUCCAAAAUUUCCCAGCUACUUCAGCCACUCCUCAGAAUGCCAGUGCUACAGGUGGUGAUUAUUCUCAGCUUUGGAACACUGCCAAAUUACCAUCUCAUAUUAAUGAGAAGGACACUGCAGUUCCAUUAGAGAAAGAUAAAUGUCAACAGGAGCUGGAAAAGAUAAAAUAUCUCUAUCAAGAAAGAACAGAAGCACUUGAAGCUCAGGUACAGUCUUUAAGAAAAGAGCUAGCAGAGUCUCAAAAAAACUGUGAAGAACUUAAUGGAAGAUUUAAACAUCAGAGUUUGCUCGCAUCAAGUAAUUCCAAUAGAGUUGGUGGUCUUUGCUUAAAAUGUGCACAACAUGAAGCUGUCCUUUCCCAGACUCAUUCACAUGUCCACAUGCAAGCUAUUGAAAGACUAACAAAGGAGAGAGAUGAAUUAAUAGGAGCACUUUCUUCAGUCAGAAUAAAUCUGAGUGAAAUGCAACGACGAGAAUGUAGUGCUUAUGAACAAAUGAAGCAAGCUGUACACAUGACUGAAGAAGCCAAUUUGGAAAGAACUAAGGCUCUAGUCCAGUGUGAGCAACUUAAAAAUGAAAUGGAGAGGCAAAGAGAUCGUCUUGAAAGAGAAUUAGCAAUCCAGUUAGAUAAGAGGGCUCAAGAACGAGAAGCAGUUCGUGAAGAAAUGAACAAAGAAAAAGAGAAUUUGUCAUCCUUGGUGAUGUCUCUGUCUCAGAAUGUGGCUAGUCUUGAGGCUCAGAUUGACAGAAUUACCAGGGACAAGAUCUCUUUAGCCAGUCAGUUGAAAGAAGCUCAGAAUCAAAAUGCUUCCAGUGAGACGGAGAUGAAUAAGGUGUGUGGAGAAAUUCAGUAUCAGUUGAAUCAGACCAAAUUGAAGAAGGAGGAGGCAGAGAAGGAACACAGAGAAUAUAGAACAAAAACUAUAAGGGAACUUGAAAUUAAAAAUCAGGAAAUGGAGAAAUUACAGGUAGAGCUUAAUGAAUAUAAACAGCGCUUGGAACAAGCACAGCAGGAUACAGGAAGAGCUAAAGAUGAAUGUCUGAAACUAACAGAAUUGCUGGGUAAAGCUGAGCACCAACUGCAUGUCACCAGGUUAGAAAAAGAGAACAUUCAGCACAGCAAUAACAAUGAGGCAAAGACCCGAGCCCUUCAGGCCCAGCAGAGAGAGCAGGAGCUAACACAGAAGAUGCAGCAAAUGGAAGCCCAGCAUGAUAAAACUGUAAAUGAACUGAAUUCAUUGCUGAGCUCCCAGAAUGCACUCCUAUCAAAAUUAAAAGAUGAAUGUUGCAUGCUGGCAAAGAAGCUUGAAUAUGUCACAGAAAGAAACAGGUAUGUGAAGUCUGAAAUUGGCAAGUUUAGCCAGGAAAAUGAAUAUGUCCAUGACAGGCUUGAGAAGAUGAGGAAAAGGAAUGAUGAAUUGGAGGCCCAAUGUAUCCAACAUGGAAGGAUGCAUGAGAAAAUGAAAUUAAGGUUAAACCAGCUUGACAAGCAUUGUCAGACCACUGCUCAGCAACUAGUGGAGCUUCUCAACAAGCAAAAUGAACUAUACAAAGAAAGGCAGGUGCUUAUGGAAGAGGUACACUUGCUACGGACUCAGUUGUCCCAUGGAUCACAAUCAUAAUGCAGAACUGCUAAAGCUGAUUUUAAGAUGGACUUCAUCAAAUGAACACUCUGGGAAAUUAUGUCAGUUUUCUUUAAGUUGUUGACUGGAAGAUUGUUAAAUAAUUACACUUUUGAAAGCACAUCUUCUCAUACUGAAAAUAACUCAUCCCAGCCUGCAGAUUUUUAAAAAACUGGUUGAACCAACAAAGAUUUAGUCUGAUUUCUAUUAAAUUAUCCAUGUUUUGAACAACUGACAUUGCACUUUUCUCUCCAUUGGUUGAGACCUUGAAACAAAGAAAGGAAUAUCACAUUGUUUGAUUAUCUGAAGAUACCUUGAAUUAAAAUGUUCAAUGUCAGUGUUAA